UCUUUUUGGUCUCGAGUUCUCGCAUUACUUUCUCCAUCUCCCCCCAACUCUUCCUUUCCUUUAUGAAAUAUUCCUCCAUCUCCUUCAUCAUGUCCUCCAUCACUGGUGUAGUGUCAUACCUGCUCUUCGCCCUGGAUUUCUUUUAAAAUCACUGCCUUUAAAUAAGUGUAAGGGAGAAGGAAAAAUUUUAAUAUUUUAAAAGAUAAGCUUAUUAAGUAUAUAGAAUUGAAAAUAAAUAAAUACAUAAUACAAAAACUUGUAUUCAUAUUAAAAUACAUCUGAUCAGGAAAUUUGCUCUAAAUUCGUCCAAAUCACUCGUUUUACACAAACUUCCUGCAGUCAUUCUGUUCACUAUCUGGCCUCAGUGUACAGUUUCUGUUGUUCUCUACUGUUAUUGUUAUGCAUAUGCAUAUAAUAUGAAAUAUACAUAAAAUAUGCAGAAAAUAUAACUUCUAAAGUACCAACAACUAAGAAUCUUGAAAUAUACACGUUGGUUAGACACAUUUUGUGUAAUAUAUAUUUUCCUAAAAUUGUAAAAAAAAAAAAAAAAAAUUUAAAAAGAAAAAUGUCUGCUGAUGCAUUUGGUGCUCAAAAUAUCAAUACCAUCCUUCCGCCGAGCAACAUAGUACUUCGAGAACCUCAUCACUGAGAAAGCGCAUGGAUAUUUCAAUUAGCUGCGGUGCGGUCACAGGUGUGUGCUUGUAGUGAAGCAGAGCUGCUCUCCACACGGGCUGAGCGUUGAGAGGACGGGGCAACAAGAUGCCGUUGAGGCGGACGAGAAAUGCUCAGGUUAAAGAGCAGCUGGGCCGGGAGAUGCGGCAGAGCAGACUGGCCCUCUUCAUCCAGCAGUUCGAGAAAGAAGGUUUGCUACUGACUGCAGGUCCAAUAGCUCGGCCCCAGUUUUUUGUGUGUGUGUGUCCUGAAAUGCCGAAAAAUGUCCCCCUUACAGCACAAGAGCGUAUGAACGAGCUGGAGGCCAAAAUGGAGAACAUGUUGGCAACAGUGGACAAAGUCUUCAAAGUGGAACUGAUGAAGAUGCCUCCUUCUCUUCAAAACACGUUCAUAGGGGAUUUAAUAAGCGAGGAAGAGGUCUCAGCAAGUGAUGUGUCAAUUGCCAUGAAGAAUGAGUCUCUUGAGAUGCACCAGCCCCUCAGGAGGGCACCCAGCAAAAGAGGGAAAUCAACUGAUUCUACCCCAGGUCAGUCCACCCCAGCCCAGAGGACCUCAUCCAAGACCUCUAAGGGAGGAAAGGGGACAAAAAAGAGCAGAACAUUAGUUGGUAGUAACAGCACUGGGAAUCUCAGGGGCUCCUCAGUCACUGCCAAAAAAACCCAAAGCCGCUUGACCAAAACCAACGACCAGACCGUACCGACCAAACCUAAACUCAGGUCUGUCGUCUCUGCUGGUGAUCUGCACUGUUCAAUGGCAGGCUCUGCUGCACACAUCACUGUAACCACGGCACUGGGACAGACUGUUAGCUUUUCUGAAGAGACCAAGGAUGCAGUUAACUUGGACAUGCUGGAUGACAUGGCAUGGUGCCAGAUUCAGAAGCUCACGAGUCUGAUGGAGUAUCUGUCGAGGCGAAGUCGCUGCCAGCGAUGAGUAACGAUGCCUGAACAUUCAGGAUUUUCUUAUCAGAUUUGCAAAUAAGAGUAACAGUUGUGCUUUGGUUGUCUUAAAGAGUUUUAAAAAUAUAUAAUAAAGCUUAUUAUUAUCCUACAUUA